UUCGGCGACUUGCCGACUGAUUUUCUUGCUGUCUUUGCUGAAGUCUCUUUGUGCGUUUUCGCUGGAGAAGAGUGCGAGACUGGGGCCGAGUGGGAGCGCUCAACUACUAAAGUUGGAUGCCGCAUUUGCCAAUUGAAACAUUCAAAUGUGAAUACCGUACGGGUGAAGACGUCUUCUGUUCGGAUUGGCUCCUCAGUUUGUAACAAGCAAAACCCUAUGGAGACAUAACCGCGAAUAAACAACAAAGAAAAAAUCAACAUUAUAACUAAUAUUUCCCAAAGAAACUACGAAAAAGAGCGGAAAACUCUAUAAUAAUAACAAAUAAACUCAAACCUCAAAACGCAAAACAUAUUACUCCACUCACGAAACUGAAAGCAAAACCACUUUGCGAGCACAGGAAGAAGUUGCUGCCACAGAAAAAAUAUUUGACAUUGAGGCUGCUGAUGCUGCCGCUUAAAGGCAUUUCAGUACACAAAAUGCGGCAUACACAACUCCAUUUGCUAUGCUGUGCACUUCUUCUGCUGGCAUAUUUAAGCAAAACCAGCGCUGAAACCAAGUAUCGCACGCCGGCUCGUAUUCUGGCUAAGCAGACAGGUGCUACACAGUUCGAGGAGGAACGCUACGAGGCGCACACAAAUUGCAACGAACACAAGCAUCAUCUAAAGAAGCGCGCCUCCGAUGAGGAUGUGGACUAUGAGGUUUACCAGGGUGUUGUGGGGCGACCGGGCAUUGAUUUCCCCAUCUAUCCCCGCAUUCCCAAAACGACAUUCAGCUGCCGCUCCUAUGGAAAUGGUUACUUUGCCGACAUGGAAACCGAUUGCCAGGUGUUCCACAUAUGCGAGGAGGGUCGCAAGAUCUCCUUCCUUUGCCCCAAUGGAACUAUUUUCCAGCAGAGCGAACUGACCUGUGACUGGUGGUUCAAGGUAAACUGUCUGGGAUCCUCUGGCUACUAUGCCGAGAGUGCGGAGAUUCUGAACAAACAGCGCGUGCAUCGUGUGCGUCCCUCGGUCCCUGUGCAAGGCUUCAACAUCGUUGGCGGGGGCUUAAAUAUCAAGCCUAAGGUUACCCCUGUUGUGGGACAAGCACGUGUUGCAUCUCGACCUGGCAGCAAAUCGGACAGACGUAUCGAUUCCACAGAGGAUUUGCAUGCAUCUAUUGAGAGUGUGGACUUCGAUGAUGUGUCCGGCGAGAAGCAGCGUAAGGUUCUGCCGAGCAUUGACAACAACAGCAAUGACCACGAGACGCAGAUCACAGCCGAGAGUUCUUCCUUUGUCAGCGGCACCGGCAAACGACGCAUUGGCAGCAGCAGCAGCAAUGGCGGUAAUGGCAACGGCAAUGGGAACGGCAACAGUAACAACAGUCCCAAUAGCAGUGAUGAUGCCUCCGUGCUGAAGCCAGCACGCAGUCGCAUCGGUUCUUCACAGGAACGUAGUUCGCAGAUUCGCUCGGGAUUGGGACACAACGAGUCACGGGAACGUGCUCGCAAUGGUCAGCGUGGACAGCAGCGUUACAAGGAUGUGGACAGUGAUGAGCAGCAGCAGCACGGAAGCAAGGACAAGAGCAAGGAGAAGCUGUCGGUGCAAUCGACACUCAAGGAAAAACCUGAAUUCUACGAGGCACACUCCACACGUCCCGUGCAGCACACAACACCCUACUAUGUGCCCAGCAGUUACUCCACCGCACGUCGGCUCGAACCCAGCAAAUCCACGCCUUUCUACACACCCACUGUGCCAAGUGUGUCCAAGUCGAAGAGUACCGAGGGUAAGUUGAACUACAUCAAGGGCGGACAUUCUGCAACGACGCCCAAUCCGAAUCGCUUUGGUGUGCCCGCUAUCUCAGGACUCUUCCUGGAAUCCUCUGUGGCACCGAAGGGCGCAAAGCCCACAGCCAGCGCAAGCGGCAGCGGUAGUCUGGAGCUAGACAGCACUUACAGACCGGUGGUCAUUGGCAUGCGCCAUCACUAUGAUGUCGCCAGCUCUGGCGAGUUUAGGCGUCCCCCGGUGAACCUCAACUCGAAUGCUGAUUUACUGCCAAAGAAGCCAAGCCUUCGGGAUUACUUGCCCACCACACCGCCAUCCACAGCCACCAGUGGUGGACCUACGUAUCUGCCCAAGAUUGGCGCUGCACCUCGUUUAAAUGCCGCAGCCGCUGGCGGAGAAUCGCUGCUCUUCGCUCCCAGUCCUGUCGAAGAGGAUUCAGUGUAUCGCAAUGUGCAGGAAAUGUUGAAGACCGUUAAUUUGUUGAAGGAUAAGUUCGAGGAUGUAGAACUGAAUGCUGCGCCAGCGACGUCAGCACGCGCUGGUCUCGAGAUUCCGCCAUCCUCUGGUCCCGAUGCACUUGUCUCGCUGGCGAAAUACUUUGCCCAAGAACAAAACGAGUCCGGAAAUGCGCUGGUAAAGCCAGAGAAGAAUGCUGGACACACAAAGAUCUCGGUGAAGGCGCCAUCACCCAUUCUACCCACAGCCAAACCUUCCGACACCACAGCCACCCUGACCACAUCCGAGCUGCCGCCUGGCAUCAGCGAGCAGGCCGAUGACAUCAAGCAGAGUCUGCUGAGCCCCAAGACAAUGCAACAGUACAGCACUCUCUUUGGUCUCAAGGCGGCCAAGGGACGAGGACAGUCCGAGGGCGACGCAGACAUCAGCACGGGAUUGCUCUCAGCUCAGCUGAACGAGACCAAGUUACCAGCAAAGGCAAACGAGUAUCAACCUUUUCCACAAAUUGGCACCACUGGCUCAACCAUUGGCGCAUUGGCUGAAAAGCCAGAGUCGCGGAAAAUUGCGCAGGUCUUUUCGAAUGCGUUGAGCAGCUAUCUGGAGAAUCCCACCAGCUUCCGUGCCGAGCUGGCGCGUGCUAGGCCAACCGAACCGCCAAACUUUACGCCAGUGACCACAACGGAUUCCUCGCUGUUCAGCGACGGCACUGCCAAGUAUUAUUUGCCCACGAAAUCCUUGCCGGAAGCGACGACACCACAAAGCAUUGCUCUAGAGAUAAAUCACAAAUUUGAUUCGACCCCUGCGCCAGAUUACUCCACGACCACCGAGCUGUACGAGUUGAGCACGAGUCGAUCACAGGAUUCGGAGUUGGAGCUGUCCGCUGAACUGUCGCCGCCUAGCCCCGACUCUGGUGAAGGUGAUGAGUUCCUGCAGCAACAGCAGACACAGUCGUUUGUCAAGUCACGCAAUGAUCUGCUGCAGGACGCCAGACCACAGAAGCUGAUCACAACACACAAGCCCACAGAGCAUCCAUGGGCACUGAAAUCGCAGACGGACUUCCUGGAUCCACUGACCAUCAACGAUGCAUUGAUGAAGGAACAGCGAGUGAGCACAACGACGGCGUCGCCUUUCACCUAUCUGCCCAAGCUGCAGGUUGCCACAACCACGCCCUCGCCUUCGCGCUAUGAAUGGGAAGACAUUUUCAGGAGCUACGACAUUCCUCGCGAUGCUCUGCCCUCCAGCAGUGGACUGCAACGCAUUGCAAACAAGCUGUUUGGCGGUCUCAACGAGCAGGAGGCAUUGCACCUCCGCAAUGUGAUGGCCAAGGCGGAGCACGAUCGCCAAGUGCUCAGUCUGCUAUUGCUGCUGAUCCAGACCUGCGACGAUCACAAUGGCAAGGCAUUGGAGCGCUCUCGCAAGCAUCUGUUGAACGCACUGAUUGACAUCGACAGCAAGAUACCCAGCAAGAAGCUGGAGACGACAACGCUGCGAGUGCCAGUGACCACAUUCAGACGCGGUGGAAAUGCUGAUUAUUAUACGAGCACCACGCCUGGCUACACGUCAACCACAGAGCUGCCAGUGUCGACUAGCACGACAUCCCCGGGCAGCUACGAGGAGACCACCAAGUUUGAGAUUCGUGUCGAGGAUGAGGACGAUGCCGAUUCGGCGGCGACGACCGCAGCGACGCCGACGCAUCCCGAGGUGAACUCGGAUCGUCGCGCUUUGGAGCUGCUCAAGUCAUUAUAUUCGCUGGCAUCGAAGUUUAGCAGCAGGCGAUAGGGUUGCCAAUGCCAACGGUUCCCAAUUCCUAAUGACGGCGCUUGGAUUGGACAGGAUUGCCAGCGCUUCGCAGACGGAGACGGAAGCGUGUGUGUAUGUGUGUGUGCUUAACUUUUAGUCAACUACGCUCUAUUCCCCUCGUCCUGUCUUAGCCCGAAACUGACCAAUUUUAGUUUAAAUUCGUAAUCGAAAAAACACAAAAACAAAAAAUCUUUUUAAUUAACUUUUUGAAAAUCGUAUUCCUUCUUCUUGUUAAUUAAUUUUGAUGGUUUAGCCAAUGCAAUUUUCGCAAUUAGUUUGUAAAUAUGAAAAAGAGUUCGAAACGAAAAUACUCGGAAGAGCCCCCGAAAUACGCCCCCAACUGUUGGUAGGAAUAAACAAAACAAAUACUCUUACAGUUCCAUCAGUAUCGUCGAGAUGUAUUAAAUUAGUUUCUUUAGAUGUAACUACAAAUACGUGAGUAAUUUGACCCAGAACUUUAAAUAAUCCAAAACAUGCCCAUACUGUAUGUAUGAGCAUGUCUUAAUGCCUUGCUAUUUUUGUAAAUAUUUAUUUAACGUUAAUAAAGUACAUAU